CAUUUUGGUGAUGCAUUGAUAAUGCAUUUUACUUUGUAAUUUGCACCAAAUGUGAAGGCUAUUGAUAAAACUAUUUCAAGGACUGCACAAUAUACGUGUGAAUCUCACACAGGAAGAUAGAUUUUAUGUGUGUGGGAUCAUUCAGAACGAACAGAGAUAAAAUUGUCUGAUCACCACACGCAGUGUUCAUCAAUCAAAAACUGUCAUGUGAUCAAGCUUGCGCAAUGGCACAUCGACCAAAGAGGACAAGUCUUCGACAUCUGCGAGAGCAUUUGGUAUGCGUGCUGUGUGGAGGCUAUCUGAUUGAUGCCACUACGAUCGUAGAAUGUCUACAUUCAUUUUGCAAGACCUGUAUUGUACGAUAUUUAGAUAGCAGCAAAUUUUGUCCAAUAUGUGACGUUCAGGUUCAUAAAACAAAACCACUUAUUAAUAUAAGAAUGGACCAUACUUUACAAGAUAUGGUAUACAAACUGGUGCCUGGUCUAUUUCAGGAGGAAAUGAAAAGACGUCGAGAGUUUUACAAAGAAAACAUCGACGAUGAAGACAGUCCAGAUGGACCUUGGCCAGAAUAUUACAUAGAUGAUGAUGGUGAAAUACAACGAGAACGUGUCAUCUUUUCUGACGACGAACAGAUUAGCUUAUCACUUCAACUAAGUACCGACGGUAAACCACCCAAAUCACCUGAUAAAAGGGAUCCCAAGAGUUCACCAGAGAUGACGGAUUGUCGUUAUUUGUUGUGUCCUGCUGCCGUAACCGUAUCACAUUUGAAGAAAUUCAUUCGCCUGAAAUUCAAUCUGUGUGACCGAUAUCAGAUCGAUGUUUAUCACUCUGAUGAAAUCCUUCAGGACCAUUACACACUUAUGGACAUUGCGUAUAUCUAUGCUUGGAGAAGAAGAGGACCUUUACGGCUAUUUUAUACCGUGUACACAAACCCUGCUAAACGGAUAAAACGGAGUAUAUCUGCUACAGUAACAUCAGACAUUGACACGAGUAUUGUUGAAAUGCCAUGUGCCACCAAACCAUCCGAGAAUGCUGACGAUACUGAUAAGAAGGUGGCUUCUCCCGUUCAAACUUCAACCAAAUAUGACGACCAAUCAAAAAGUGAAACAAAGAAGCCUGAACUUCCAUUGUCUACCAUCAGCUCCAGUAAAUGUACAGAAACUGUAAGUUCCACAGUUGACCUUUCGAAACAGGAGAGCAAGGUACAAAAGUCAACUCCUGAAGUCGUCAAACAAAAUUUAGAAAUACCAAAGAAAACAGAAACAAAGAAAACCUCUGACAUACAAAAAGUGACAGAAAUUCCAACAUGUACUCAAAUCAAUGUGCCAACUCCACACAGAUCAUUCUUAUUAGGACCGAAGCCAAAAGAAAAAAUGGAAGCAAAGCAAAAGGAGUUGUCAAGUUGGAAAAACUCUAAAGACAAAAUAUUAAGUCUACCAGUGAAACAUCCAGAUAGUAAAAUAACAGUCCCUAAUCCAAAGCAUGUAGAAAAUGUAUCGAAGGUUUCAACUACUCUCAAACUACCAAGUGCUUCAAUUACUCAUAGCAACGGCAAGAACACGAACACUAAUACAACUAGCCAAAUAAUGAAAGCAAGCAGCAGUAGCAAUUCUAUAGGAAGCAAAACCACGACUUCAGUAAACGAAAAACAAAUUAAACGAACUCACGUCGAUUGUUGUGUUUCUCCUGACACAAAGAAACCAAAAUACAAUACGGAAUCUCUUGCUAAACCUGGGAUUUAUAAAAAUGGGAAGGAUACCCAUGUAAAUAAACCUGUCAACAUCCCAUAUGUAACUAAAUCUCCCGUAAGUCUCGUAGGUAGUACAUUGUCGUCUGCUGAUAAAGCACGCAAACUUCUUCAUAUACCGGAGAGGCCAAUCCUUCCGUAUGCCCCUAUAGCUGCGCAUUAUCAAGGCAUGAAUGGUUACCCCUACUAUAGACCAUCAAUACAGGAUUAUGGUAAUGAUGCUCCGCAGGACCUAAGCAUGAAAAAGAAAUCUAUCGACUCGAACGAUAAUACAAAGAAUCUACCGGAUUCAACAAAACACUCGCCUCCGGCACCAAAAAGUGCAUCUGAAAACAAACAGAAAAAGGAAAAGAACGGAGAAAUUGACAAGUACGCGUUCACCGAUGAUGACGCAGCUACACCAGUUACGUCACGAAAAUUGCAACAUGUAAAGUCAGAACCUCUAACUUUGAACUGAAUGAUUUUUGAAUGGCUCCAAUGGAUAAGAUAAAUUUUAAUGUGAGUUUGGCAAGAAUGAAUUUGUAUUAAGGAUGAUACGAUAAGUUAUAAGGACGUCUUGCUUAUGAGACAGAAUAUGAGUUAGUGCUAAAUUAUUUGUUUAUAAUGUCAUGCAUGAGAACAGAAUGUGGAUUUUAAAAGACUGCUCCAUGAUAAACUACAAAAGGAUGUGAAUAACAACUGAAACGUUUACAAAGUGUUACAUUAUGUUAUUAAAAAGUCAAUGCUUAUAGCGCACACAGCAUUUGUAAAUGCUAGCUGCUUCAAAGCCACUGGAUGUAUGUAUUAAUUAUAAGCUUUAUAGUUUAAAUAUUUGACCAGGAGAGGUCUGUGUGGAUAUAGGUGAUUUUUCUUCAUUCCAUUUAAAUCAUUAUUCUUUUUGGACAUACUAUUUUUUUCUUCUUAGAAUAAUGGUUGCUUUACCCUAGACGUAGUGGAUCUUUUCCUUCUAUUUGUUGGUAGAAAUAUAAAAUUAACUAAUUCAAAAUGUUCAAAAGCUUAUGUCUAACAAAUUAUCAAUUUAAAACAAUUUUUUUUUACAUCAUUGCAUAAAUAAGGUUUGGUUUUAUAGAUCUUUCCACUGUUGAUGAAUUAUAAAUAAUAUUGUAAUUGAUUAAUGGACAAGCUAUUUACAAAAAAAAUAUGUAGUUUUUUAUUAUGUGUGCUAAAUGAUUUUCAUUAUACUUCCUAGACUUUACACUAUUAUAUUUUUCAUUAUCACACAUUCAUAACAAUCAUGUUUAAUAUAACAAUCAUACAUUACUGUACAUAAUCAUUCUUUUAAUUUUGUUUUAAUUUUGUCAAGAAACAGUUGUUUUCUUAAUAUUAUGUAUAACAUAAUUAAAAGUCAUGGGUUUAAAUUUUACUCUUUAUAAUUUUUAUUGAAAGACAAAUCAUAGAUAUUGAUUUCAUUAUUUGUGUAAAUGGAAAAUGAUAAUAAUAAUAGUAAAAAAAAUCCAGCUUAAAAGUCCGAUUGAAUUAAAAGAUUGAACUAAAAGUCGUUUAAACUUAAAAAAAAUUUGACAAAUCAUAUGUUUUUUGUAUUUUUGUCCCAAAGUUGAUCAUACUUCCAUUUAUAUUUAAUCUAAAUACUGCACUAUGGUGGUUAUAUAUUAUUUCUCAGCUGGUUUAAUUUUACAGAAUGGUUUAACUUUCUUUUCCCGUUCUCCUCUCUUUCUCUCUAUCUAUCUCUUUAUAUGUAACAAUGAAAGGUGCAAACAUUUUUGACAGGUGUUUAUUAAAAUAAGUAUUGAGUGUUAUGUUUUCCUUUUACUUAAUAUUGUUUAUAUUUGAUUUUAAAGCUAUUUAUUUUAAGGAUAAAUAUAUUAUAUUGAAAGAAAUCCUUGUGAAGGAGUUAAUAUUAUUUUAUGUUUGGUUGUAUGAGAUACAAUAUGUUGCUGUCUAUUGUUGUAGAAAUAAACAAAAGUUUAUGUGAAA